AUGCCUGUGGCAAUCGAUGCUUGUAUUGUGGAUAAUGAAAUGGAUGUUGAGUAUGGUGUCUUGACAGAUGAGGCUCUAACUGAAUUGUCUGAGUUAGAAGAUGAUUGGACAGGUGCGCGCUGGAGGUUCAGAGUGCUCAUCUAUGUCGGAAGCAAAUCACUCAAUAGAUCUGUCGCUGGCUGCAGCAAACGAACCAUAACUCGCAUCCGUCGCAACCUGGAGGCAUUCGGAGAUGUUAGUGCAACUCGCAAUGGUGUCAGACGCCCGCGAAGUAUCACCCAACCCAUGUUUGAAGUCCUUUGUGAACACUUAAAGGAGAAAACCGACUCUAUAUCAGGACGAGAUGGCAGUUUUCCUAUGAGACGAAUUUGA